AAAACCCUAACUAGACAAACAUUCUUCUUCUACUCACCAGGAAAUGGCAACUCCAUCCGUCACUCCACCUGUCUUCGAUCUCAAUAACCUUCCCAUAGACAUAGACCAAGAAGACAACGACUGUUACAUCUUCUCCGUCCCUCUCUCCUCCCGCGGUUCCACAAAACGCGAAGCCAUCUCCGUCGAGAGUUACGACCGUGAUCGUAGCCUCAGAAUCAAAUCCGAACCGCCAAUCUUCAUAGAUCUCGAUCAGUACAACAACGACCAUGAUGAUGAUGAUCUCAGAAUCCUAUCUUUCCCUCCUCCACCACCUCACACAUUUCUAGAAAAAGGUCAGUCCUCAAAUAGCAACAAGAAUCCCCGCCGGAGACGACCCUUGACCUUCUUCGACUGCGAGAUUUGCGUCGAAUCAAAACCAACGGUCGAGUCGUUUCGAAUCAGCGGAUGCUCUCACUCCUACUGCAGCGAUUGCGUCUCUAAAUACAUCGCCGCUAAGUUACAAGACAACCUGCUCUCCAUCGGCUGUCCUGUCUCUGGCUGUUCAGGGCGGCUCGAGCCGGACCAGUGUCGUCUCAUCCUCCCGCGAGAGGUUUUCGACCGGUGGGGAGACGCUCUCUGCGAGGCGGUGGUGAUGCGUUCCAAGAGGUUCUACUGUCCUUACAAGGACUGCUCUGCUCUGGUUUUCUUGGACGAGGGCGAAGAUGGCGGGAGUAGUAUGAAGGAGUCCGAGUGUCCUCACUGUAAUAGGAUGGUGUGUGCGGCGUGUGGGACGCAGUGGCAUCCCGAGAUAACCUGCGAGGAGUUUCAGAAGCUGGCUGAGAGCGAAAGAGGAAGAGAUGACAUUUUGCUGAAGAAAAUGGCAGAGUCUCACAAAUGGGCGAGAUGUCCUGCUUGCAAAUUCUACAUUGAAAAGUCUCAGGGUUGCUUAUACAUGAAGUGCAGGUGUGGAUUGGCUUUUUGCUACAACUGUGGAACACCAUCUAGGGACCAUUCUCAUUAUUGUUAUAGUUGCAAGCGUUGACGUAUUAGAUUUUUUUUUUAUUAUGAUUUUUAUGGAUUUGGAUUUCUGUUUGCUACAAUUUAGAAUUACAACUCUUUGGAUCAUCAUCCUUAUUUAUAUGGAAUUAUCUUUCGCACCA